CCGGUGCCCUGGGCCCCGCCAGCAGCUCACUAUGACCGGGCAGAGCCUGAGGGCUUUAGCCGAGGCGAACGUGGAAGACGGCGAGAUCAGCAUCAACGUGGGAGGCUUCAAGAAGAAGCUGCGCUCCAACACCUUGCUGCGGUUCCCGGAGACGCGCCUGGGCAGGCUGCUGAGCUGCCACUCCAGGGAGUCGAUCCUGGAGCUGUGCGACGAUUACGACGAUGCCAAGAAGGAGUUCUACUUCGACAGGAACCCCGAGCUGUUCCCCUACGUGUUGCACUUCUACAACACGGGCAAGCUGCACGUCAUGGGCGAGCUCUGCGUGUUUUCCUUCAGCCAGGAGAUCGAGUACUGGGGGAUCAAUGAAUUCUUCAUCGACUCGUGCUGCAGCUACAGCUACAACGGCAGGAAGAUGGAGCCCGAUCAAGAGAAAUGGGAAGAUCAAAGCGAGCAGGAAAGCACCACCUCCUCCUUCGAUGAGAUCUUGGCCUUCUACAACGAUGCCUCCAAGUUUGACAGACAGCCCUUUGGAAACAUCCGGAGGCAGCUCUGGUUGGCUUUGGACAACCCUGGCUACUCCGUCUUGAGCCGAAUAUUCAGCAUCCUUUCCAUAGUGGUUGUUCUCGGCUCCAUUGUGACCAUGUGCCUGAACAGCCUUCCAGACUUUCAGAUUGUCGACAGCGGUGGGAAUUCAGAGGAAGAUUCCCGAUUUGAAAUCGUGGAACAUUUUGGGAUUGCAUGGUUCACCUUUGAGCUGGUGGCCAGGUUUGCGGUGGCUCCUGACUUCUUCAAAUUUUUCAAGCAUGCACUAAAUCUAAUUGACCUCAUGUCCAUCCUCCCAUUUUACAUUACCUUGAUUGUUAACUUGGUUGUGGAAAGUAGCCCAGCAUUAGCAAAUUUAGGGAGAGUAGCCCAAGUCCUGAGACUUAUGAGGAUCUUUCGGAUCUUAAAACUUGCUAGACAUUCGACUGGCCUUAGGUCUCUUGGAGCCACCUUAAAGUAUAGCUAUAGAGAGGUAGGACUUCUCCUACUUUACCUCUCUGUUGGCAUUUCUAUUUUCUCAGUAGUAGCUUACACCAUUGAAAAAGAAGAAAAUGAGGGUUUGGCCACCAUCCCUGCUUGCUGGUGGUGGGCUACAGUUAGCAUGACCACAGUUGGCUACGGAGAUAUUGUCCCAGGGACCACUGCUGGCAAACUGACAGCAUCUGCAUGCAUCCUAGCUGGUAUCCUGGUGGUAGUGCUUCCUAUAACUCUCAUCUUCAAUAAAUUCUCUCACUUUUAUAGGCGUCAGAAGCAGCUAGAAAGUGCCAUGAGGAGCUGUGAUUUUGGUGAUGGAAUGAAAGAGGUUCCAUCAGUCAAUCUGAGGGACUACUAUGCCUAUAAAGUAAAAUCCCUUAUGGCCAGUCUUACCAAUAUGAGCAGGAGUACUCCCAGUGAACUAAGUCUCAGUGAUUCUCUGCAUUAGUGUGCAGUUCAGACAAUACUUUGCAUGAUAUAUUUCAAAAGCUGUGUUUAUAAAUUGUAGUUUUCCUAAUUGUAGUUCUUUUCCUGUGGGAUAGUAUGAGUGACACUGCACUAACUUUUGUGCUGCUGAACAAAAUGAAAUUAGUUACCAACUGACAAUUUGCACAUUUCCAUCCUGUUGUAUAGAAACUAAAUGCUCAUUUUUCUAUAGAAUGGUUAUUGUGUCCAUGACACUAGUGCUAGUGGUGCAGUGCUAAUUUGUUACUUAGAGUAUUUGCUUUAGAAGCCCUUGUGUGAGCAGAGAAAUGAGCUUACUCAGGGGGGAGACUUAGUGGUGAAAUUAACAAUGAAAUAAUCCAUUUUCAUCUACACUGAUAUGACCAGUCUUCAUAAUCUGCACAGCUGCCAGUGAAAGGCCACCACAAAGCAGACUUAAAACUUGAAGAACAUCUUAAAGCACUUGACACUACUGUAACUUUUUAAUCACCUGUGAAUAUUUUACAUAGAAAUACAUGGCCACCUUUUUAUGACUAGCAAUUCUAAUGUUAACCACAUUGCUGUAAAGGUUAUUGAGUGCAGCAUUUCAGUUAAAUUUAAUAUUUUCUCCAGAACAAAUGUGUUAAGAAGUGGAUGUUCUUCUUUUGAAAUCAGACCUAUAGGGAGAUCUUUUCACAAAGUUUAGUUUUGACCUAACCUGGCUUCCCACUAUGUUAGUAAGAAUGUCCCUAUCUAUCCCAGUGGGAGCAGUAUUAAACCAAACUGCACUUUCAAGAAGCCCAUCCAUGCACCUUCAGUGGCAAAAAACUCACAAAGCAACAUUUGCAAACUGGCCUCUGAUUGGCAGGGGGGGAGUGGAGGGGGAGUGGAGGUCAACAAAACAUCUCAGCAUUGGUUUUUCAAGGAAAUAAGUACUGGUGAGUUCAAGAGAAGCUGACUGGCAUCUCUGGAAGGCACACACAUGGAAUCUGAAGGUAGGCAGAGAAAAUGGAAACCUCUAUCAUUUAAAAGCCAAUUUUGAAAUCUGGGCUGGUCUAAUUAAAGGGAACAGUCUCAUGUGAAUGGUAAAGAUAGUAUUUUAGAAACUGGCAUUUACCUAGUAUAAGAAGACUAAUUAAAAUUAUGUCAUCUAUUCAUGUAGUAUACAAACUAAUCUUAUCAGGAAGGACUUUUUUAAAGGUUGGCAUACAACUGAAAACAGGUGCCACUGAAAUGUAUAAUAUUUUUACUUAGAAAUUUUUACAAAAAUCACUUAUCUUUACUUUAAGGAGAAUUAUUACAACUAAAAUACAUAUAAUGUUUAAUAUUGUCCUCAUUGGACCCUCAACUGGUAUAAGUGAUUUAAACCAGCUGAGGAGCUGACCAUGUAUUUUUCAAAACUUAUUUAAAAAAAAAAAAAAGAGACAGCAAAUCUGAUUUUCCAUUGAACUGCAUAAAUUAAUGUUAGGAGUGCUCAGAGAUUUCCCCCAAAGUAACAGUUCUCAGCUUUCAGACGAUCAAAUAUUCUCAGCUUUCAGACAACGUCUUUUCUGAUAAGAUGAAACAGUGAUAGCAUCGUAAGAACCAUGCUGUCAAACAAACUACCUGUAUUCAGCUGGCAAAAUGGUCCGUUGCUGUUCCAACUCUGUUAUGCUUCUAUUUAGUCUUCAAGUCGAUUUACACCCUAUUCAUUUAUUGAGACAAAGGGGCUUCUGAGAAUGGAUUCAAAAUAAACAGGUUAGGAAGUGGAUUAAAGCAUUAAGACCCAAAAUUGUCACUUUAAAAUGAGGUACCUUAAUCAAUAUUUAGUCACAUAAAUCAACAUGGCCUAACUAUCAGAGAUACUGGGAGCAUCAACACAUGCAUUAAUGUGCCUUUUCUAAUGCGCAUUAAAUUUAGUUCCUCCAAUGUAAGGUUCUAAAUUAAUGCAC